CCCCCCUUCUCUCUAUAACACCCUCUCACCGUCUCUCUCGAUAGCGCUCCUUCCUCUGCAUUUCUCUAUCUCUAUCUUAGAACCUCAAUGGUUGCUUACCCUCCCCUUUUCUCCCAACAAAACUAAUAAUCCCCAUUACACUGUUAUUAUCUGUCAAUUUUCCAAGCUAUAUACCAACGGUCUCAAAUACUCAUUGAAGGUCGCUAGCUUCUGAAAUGGCACCUAAGAGUGGACGCGGCAAGGCGAAGGGAGAGAAGAAGAAGAAGGAUGAGAAGGUAUUACCCGUGGCCAUGGAUAUCACUGUGAACUUGCCAGAUGAGUCCCAUGUUGUUCUAAAGGGUAUUUCGACGGACAGAAUCAUCGACGUCAGGAGGCUGCUGUGUGUGAACACCGUCACUUGCGCCAUUACGAACUACUCCUUGUCACACGAGGUUAGAGGGCCGAGAUUGAAGGAUACGGUAGACGUGGCCGCUCUGAAACCCUGCGUUCUAACCCUGGUCGAAGAGGACUACGACGAAGCUCAGGCGAUCUCUCACGUGCGCCGCCUCCUCGACAUCGUCGCCUGCGCUGUCGUGCUGCCUUCGGCCGGCUCCCUGCCUACUCCGUCCUCCUCCCGUCCGCCAAAUGAUGCGCGCUUCGGCGGCGGCUUCUAUGAGUUCUUCUCCCUCGCAAAUCUCACCCCCCCAAUUCAAUUUAUAAGGCGAGCUGCGAAGGUUCGGCAGGAUGAGCGGCGAUCAGAGGAUCACCUCUUCUUCCUCGAGGUGAAAGUUUGCAAUGGGAAGCUGAUAAUAGUGGAGGCGUGCGCAAAGGGAUUCUACAGUGUGGGAAAGCUGCGAAUUCUGUGCCACGACCUUGUUGAUCUGUUGAGACAGCUCAACAGAGCUUUUGAUGCUGCUUAUGAGGAGCUCAUGAAAGCCUUCUUAGAACGGAAUAAGUUUGGUAAUCUACCUUAUGGAUAUCGUGCCAACACUUGGCUUGUUCCUCCAUUGGCUGCUCAGCUGCCAUCAACAUUUCCUAGCCUCCCAGCAGAAGAUGAAACAUGGGGAGGAAAUGGCGGUGGUUGGGGAAGGGAUGGUAGAUGUGACAUGAUACCUUGGGCUAAUGAGUUUCUACUUCUCACUUCCAUGCCAUGCAAAACUGCAGAGGAGAGGCAGAUACGAGAUAGGAGAGCUUUUCUGCUCCAUAGCCUUUUUGUAGAUGUUGCAAUUUUCAGAGCCAUUGCUUCCAUACAAUAUGUUAUGGAAAAAUGUAUUGCUUCUUCAAUUGAGAAAGAUGAAAUUUUGCACUUCGAGACAGUAGGGGAUUUCAGCAUUACUGUCACCAGAGAUACUUCAGAUGCAAGCUGCAAGUUGGAUACAAAGAUUGAUGGGAAUAGGACAACGGGAAUGGACCGCAAAGAUCUUAUAGAGAGAAACUUACUGAAAGGAAUCACUGCUGAUGAAAAUACAGCAGCUCACGAUUUCACCACCUUGGGCGUCAUGAAUGUGCGGUAUUGUGGUUAUAUUGCAAUCGUGAAAGUCAACAACUUUGACAAAAGCAAAUUGGACCCUUUGCAAGCCAUUGAUAUUGAGGACCAACCUGAUGGGGGAGCUAAUGCUCUAAACAUUAACAGUUUGAGGAUGUUUCUUCACAAGAAACCUACAUCAGAACAGAAAAGAGCAGCUAAUCACUCUUUGAGCUCAAAGCAUGAGGAGCUUACUGCAGGUCAAGCUUUUGUGGAGAAAUUGUUAAAUGACAGUCUAGCUAGGCUUGAGGAAGAGAAGACUGACGAAAACGUCUUCAUGAGAUGGGAACUUGGAGCCUGCUGGAUACAGCACCUGCAAGAUCAAAAGAAUGCAGAAAAAGAGAAGAAACCUGCGGCUGAUAAAGAUAAGAAACAUAACAGCGAGAAGACUAAAGGUGAAACAAAGGUAGAGGGACUUGGAAAGCCUCUUAAAAUUCUUAAGAAUACAAAGAAGAAGUUAGAUGGCGAAGAAGCUUCUUCCUCUUUGGAUAUGAAAACAUCUGAUGUCAAUGAUGGGGAGAACCAGAAUGCUCAGCCCUUGUCUACUGAAUGUAAAGGAGACAUCGUAGCACCUGACAAAAACCAGCAUUUGCUAAAAAAUUUAUUAUCUGAUCCAGCAUUUACAAGGUUAAAAGAAUCUGAAACAGGACUUCACCUGAAGUCUCCACAGGAACUAACUGAGAUGGCUCUGAAAUAUUAUGAAGAAGUUGCUCUUCCAAAGUUGGUUGCAGAUUUUGGUUCAUUGGAACUUUCACCAGUUGAUGGUCGUACCUUAACUGACUUCAUGCACACCAGAGGCCUACGAAUGCGUUCUCUUGGGCGAGUUGUUAAGCUGUCAGAGAAACUGUCCCAUGUGCAGUCUCUUUGUAUUCAUGAAAUGAUAGUAAGAGCCUUCAAGCACAUCCUUCGAGCUGUAAUUUCUGCUGUUCCUGAUACUAGAGAUUUGGCAACACUGAUAGCUUCUGCAUUGAACUUGCUUCUUGGGGUACCUGGUACUGGAAUCUCCAACCUUGCUCCAAAAGUACAUGCUACUGUGUGGAGAUGGCUGGAGGUCUUCUUGAAGAAGAGAUAUGACUGGCAACUUACUAUCACGAACUACCGCGAUGUUAGGAAAUAUGCUAUCCUAAGGGGGGUUUGUCAUAAGGUGGGCAUUGAGUUGUCACCAAGAGAUUUUGAUAUGGAUUCUGCAUAUCCCUUCAGCAAAUUGGACAUUAUCAGUUUGGUACCUGUACAUAAGCAAGUUGCAUGCUCAUCUGCAGAUGGACGACAACUUCUGGAGUCAUCAAAAACUGCACUUGAUAAAGGCAAACUUGAAGAUGCAGUCAGCUAUGGAACAAAGGCUCUAGCAAAGCUGAUUGCAGUGUGCGGUCCUUACCAUCGGAUGACAGCUGGAGCCUAUAGCCUUCUUGCAGUUGUUCUUUAUCAUACUGGAGACUUCAAUCAGGCUACAAUAUAUCAGCAGAAGGCAUUGGAUAUUAAUGAACGGGAACUAGGACUUGAUCAUCCAGAUACAAUGAAGAGUUACGGUGACCUUGCUGUUUUCUAUUAUAGGCUUCAACAUACAGAACUGGCCCUUAAGUAUGUGAAGCGUGCAUUGUAUCUGCUACAUCUUACUUGUGGACCAUCUCAUCCCAACACAGCUGCCACAUAUAUCAAUGUUGCCAUGAUGGAAGAAGGCCUAGGAAAUGUGCAUGUGGCUCUGAGGUAUCUCCAUAAAGCUUUAAAAUGCAAUCAGAGAUUGCUUGGUCCAGACCAUAUUCAGACAGCAGCAAGCUACCAUGCUAUAGCCAUUGCACUUUCACUAAUGGAAGCAUAUCCACUAAGUGUUCAGCAUGAACAAACAACCUUACAAAUUCUUCGAGCAAAGCUUGGUCCAGAUGACUUGCGUACUCAGGAUGCUGCCGCGUGGCUUGAAUACUUUGAGUCCAAGGCUUUUGAACAGCAAGAAGCUGCUCGCAAUGGCACUCGGAAACCUGAUGCAUCCAUUGCUAGUAAAGGCCAUUUAAGUGUGUCUGAUCUGCUUGACUACAUAAAUCCAAGUCAAGAUACCAGAGGACGUGAUUCUGAGUCAAUAAAGAGGAGAAACCUGAGUUUAAAGGUGAAAGGAAGAUCUGCUCAUGGCUUGAAUGUAACUGAUUCCGAUAUCUCACCCAAGGACUCCACUGGUACAAAUUCAGAUGAAGAAAAAGAAGACAGUGAAGCUAUAUAUACACCAGCUGAUAAGCUAGUCACUAGUCCGGAAGUUCAGAUUAAACAUGAAGAAUCUAUGGUCGAGGAAAAAAUUACAGUUCCGGAGAUAUCUAAAGUAUUGCCUGAGAAACAGAAUAGUGUUGUUGCUGAAGUGCCAAUGAAGGUAAACAAAGAGGCAGAAGACGGGUGGCAGCCUGUUCAAAGGCCAAGAUCAGCUGGAUCCUCAGGACAGCGGCUUAAGCAGCAAAACACAAAUUCUGGAAAGGACUAUAAUUAUCAUAAGAGCAAUGGCACGUCCGAAACUGUUCAAGCCAAACCAAGGCUGCCUUAUUCAAACAGCCGUUACUAUGUAUUGAAGAAAAGGACUGUCGUUUCUGGAGGUUAUCCAGAUCAACAUGUGAAAGUUCAGUCACCUGGAACCAAGUUUGGCCGAAAAAUAUAUAAGGCUGUGACAUACAGGGUCAAAUCAGUGCCUUCAUCAAGCAACAUCAAGGCGACGAGUAACUCCAGAGAGAUAGUUGAAAGAGCAAAUCUGCAAAUUCCUCAGACUGUUACACCUAAUGUUAACCCUGGAUUGAGUACUCAAAGACCUGUUAUAGGUGAUGUUUCUGAGUCUUACAAUAGUACGAUUGUUGAACUUGGAAGUUCUCCAUCAUACAAAGAUGUUGCAUUGGCACCUCCAGGAACUAUAGCCAAAAUUCAGGUCAAGAAAGUCAAGGAAGAUAUUACCAUGAAUAAAGACUUAUUGACUGCUAAAGGUGGAACGGAAACAGAAGAUUCAGUAAUGUCCGUGAACGAUGCAGAGGAUUCAGUUAUGACAGUACAUAAAGAUAAUAUAGAACAAGAAAGCAAGAAAUGCAUGCUAGACGCAGACAUUCCCUCAGCUAAGAAUAUGGAAGUUACUGAAAGGGAGGAAGAUAUUGACAAACAUGAUGAAGGUGUUGGCCGAUCUGAAUUGCUAUCUCCAGAUAUAGAAGUGUUGUCUUGUCAAAGAAUGCCUAUCAAGAAUGAUUCAGAUACCAGGGCUUCUAGAGAUGAGAUUCAGGAUGUGAUACCUAAUAAUGCUGAUGUUCCAGAAGGGCUACCUAGUAAAGACUUCAGUGAUGAUCACGACAAGAAAUCUACCCCUGGACCUGAUUGUGUGAAUAUUGAAUGUUUAAUUUCUGAUGUUCCUGAAAAAGAAUGCCUCAAGGAAAUGCUACCCAGUGUUACUGAGCCCAAGAGUACUUCUACUGGUAUUGCACAUCAAGAAGGUUUUCAAAAUGUUGACCGCCAAGUCAGAGCUACUGAUGACCUAAAGAAGAAGCUAUCAUUGAACACUGGUGAUGUGAGAGACACUUCUAAUAAGAAACUAUCUGCAUCUGCUACACCCUUCAACCCAUCUCCUCCUGCGGUGCUUAGCCCAGUGGCUGUAAAUGUUAGCCUUCCCCCAAGCUGUCCAGUUCCUGGGGUCGCACCUUGGCCUUUGAAUCUGACCCUUCACCCAGGGCCUGCAGGUGUUAUGCCUGCAUCACCUCCUAUGUGUGCAUCUCCACAUCAUCCAUAUCCUUCUUCCCCUCGACCUCCUAGCAUAAUGCAUCCUUUGCCAUUUGUAUAUCCACCGUAUACCCAGCCCCAAGCUGUGCCAAGCAGCACAUAUGCUAUGAAUAGCAACAUGUUUCAUCCCAACCAAUAUGCUUGGCAGUGCAGUAUACAUCAAAAUGCACCUGAGUUUGUGCCAGGAACAAUUUGGCCCAACUGUCACCCUGUACAUUUCUCUUCCAUGCCACCUAUCGCUAAUCCAAUGCCUGAAUUCAUGUCAGGAUCGAUUGUGCAAUCUGACAGUGUCAAUUGUGCUUCGACUCCAAUGGAGAGCACUGUUACAGAAGAAACCAACGAAGAAGGGGAUGGCAUGCCAGUAGUAGAAAGUGGGAACACAGCUUCUCAAAUUUUAUCAUCCGAAAAGAAAGAAUCUGAAGUGUCUUCUGACAAUGUACCAAAUGCAACUCAACUAAAACCAGAAAUAGUACUUACAGAUAAAGGAGAUUUUGGUGUUGAAAAACGUACCAGAAGCAGUAAGAAAUAUGAAGGUGAGGGAAGUUUUAGCAUAUACAUAAAGGGAAGAAGUCGUCGAAAACAAACUCUCAGAAUGCCUAUUAGUUUGCUAAAUAGGCCUUAUGGAUCACAGUCGUUUAAAGUUGUUUAUCACAGAGUAGUUAGAGAAAGUGAUGUUCCUAGAGCUUCAGAUGUAUCUUCCUCUGGUGAUGCUACUUCCAGCAUACCUUCGUCAUGAAUGAUUCCAUCCACAGAAAUGGCAUGUUUCAAAUUCUUCUUUAGUUGAUUCUCUGGCUUCAUGGUCCCCAUAUGUUACUAUUCCAAGAAAGUCAAUUUGACAAAGCAAUUCAGCUCUUUCCUUCCUCAGACAAUCUUGUAGAGACAGCACAGGUAUGAUAUCAUUUAUUGCAUAUUGUAGGUAUUAAUAUGACAUUCUCAACUGCACUGGAUAAGGAUCUAUUCAUAUUCAUGUUUAGGAAUUUAAAAUAGUGAGAGAUUGCAUCACAAUUAAGGGUGAUAAACGAUCGAAUCGAAUCAAAUACUAAGGUGUUUGUAUUUGUAUUUGUUUAAAAUUAUCGAAUUCGAAUGCAGACUCUAAUAUUCAUAUAU